UUCUCUCUUUGACUAACCUAUAAAUAUACACACACACCCACGCGCACACACAAACAAACAAGGCCUGAACCAAGUCAGGAUGAUGAGUUUUUGAGGAGGAAAUCAAAACAAGAAGAUAACAAUGAAGUGGUCAUGGAUUCAGGCAGCUGGGACAACCAAGAAGGUUCAUGUCAAGGUGAGGCCAUUGAAGCUAGAAGGAUUGUUGUGUAAAGAAAAGGUUGAUGGUAAUGGAAGAGAGAGAAUGGUUUUUGUUGUCAAGAUGAAAUGGAAAGGUCCCAAGUCGUCAGGAUUAGUUCCAUUUUAUCGAGUUUCCAAGUGCCAAAGAAAUUAUAGCAGCCAGAAAUUCCUCAAGGAAGGGGAGUCUGAUAUAGAAUGGAAUGGUGAAGAAUUUGAGAGUGUUUGGAUUCCUUCUAAAGACAAUUCUUUUGUUCAGUGGGAUGUUUCUUUCAGCGUUUUAUAUGGUGAGGAUGAGAAAUCCAUGGCUAAAAUGGCAGUCUUGGGAAAUGUUACGCUGAAUAUAGCAGAACUGGCUUCAAGGAUGAAUUCCCAGAUUGAAAAAAAGCUGCCAAUUUCUUUACAUAUUGAUGGAGUUGACUGCCAAGCUUCUCUUUUGAUUGGUGUAAGCUUCGCUGAGGUCAGAAAUUCAUGUGACCAAGCAGGAACUGUUCAAAACUCGGGUGAUUCAGAUACUAAGGAGGGACUUUUCAAGGGCAGUACAGCUUCUAAGAAUGAAAUGGACAGAGUAAACCGAGUGAAUUCUAGUGACUCGGAUGAGUCAACUAUGUUUGACUCAGAUGAUUCGGCCGGAACUUUGACUUCCACGAGCGACGGUAGUACUCAAGAGAUGGGUUCAGGGAUCGAGUUCGGUUCAUCCCUGGAGACUCAGUCAGACCGAGCUACCAAGGUUGGGUUAUUCUCAUGGAAGAAGAGAAGGUUGAGCUUCAGCUUGUCCAGGAGGAAAGUUGAGCCAUUCGUUGAAAAAACUGAUGCGAAGGUGGACAAAUCCGAUUCCACACAGAAAGACAAGUGGGAAGUCAAAGAACUAGUCAGCAGAGAUGGUCAAGCAAAACUCGAAGCCAACGUGUUUCUUGCUUCCUUUGAUCAACGAAGUGAAAAGGCCGCCGGAGAGAGUGCCUGCACGGCAAUAGUUGCGGUCAUUGCCGAUUGGCUUCACUCAAACCGAGAAUUCAUGCCAACAUUGUCUCAGUUUGACAACCUCAUAACAGAAGGUUCACAGGAAUGGCGAAAGCUUUGCGACAAUGAGGCCUACAUGAAUUCCUUCCCUGAUAACCACUUUGAUCUUGAAACUGUCUUGAAAGCUGAUCUUCGGCCUUUGACCAUCUCACACGAGAAAUCUUUUACUGGGAUUUUCAGUCCUCAAAAAUUUGAAAACUUAAAGGGAGCCACAUCUUUCGACGACAUAUGGCAAGAAAUAACCAGCAACACAAACGAUUAUGAGCAGAGGAUAUAUAUUGUGAGUUGGAACGAUCAUUUCUUCGUGUUGAAGGUAGAUGCCGAAGCUUAUUAUAUCAUUGAUUCGCUAGGUGAGAGACUCUCUGAGGGUUGCGGCCAGGCAUACAUCUUAAAGUUCGAUGACUCGAGCUUGAUGUAUGAGAAGGUGGCGAAAGAAGAUGUUGUCACGGAGGAAAUGGCAGGGGAAGAGAGGUCCAAGGAUAAAGAGGACAUAAUUUGCAAGGGAAAAGAGUGUUGUAAAGAAUUCAUUAAGAGAUUCCUUGCUGCCAUUCCAGUUGGAGAACUUGAAGAGGAAGAGAAAAGGGGCGCAGUUUCCACCUUUUCUCUCCUGAAGAGACUACAGAUAGAUUUCCACUACUGCUCUUCUUUGUAUGCUUCAAAUUCCUCCUCCUCUCCAACAUCUUCCACCUUCUUCUAGAGCAGUCACAUUGUAUGCUUACGGUGUAGUUUUUUCCCCCACUUUUAACCUUUUUUUUCAACA